CUCUUUCCCCGGAAGGAAAGCGGAGCUCGGGCUGGGCUCGCAAGGUGGGGAGGUGCAGGGCUGGGCAGUGGAGAGGCGGGGCACGCGCUGGCGAGAAUCCCUCCUUCCUGCCCUAUUGGCGGUCGGGGGUUUGCCUUUUCAGAUCCUCCACCUAGCUGGGAUCCAAAGAGCUAACACCGCCAAGGGGGCGCGGCCGGGACAAUCUAGGGUGCCGGGUGCCCAAAGUCGGGCACAGUGACCUGUCCACCCAGCCAGCGGGAGAGUAGAUCCACGGAGCUGGAGAGGAUUGGAGAAGCGCCACCCCGGAGCAGACGUGAAGCUGUCUGGACUAGGGCAAGAAAUUGCCUAGGACUCCGAGCGCUGUGGCGCUGCGGGCUCGGGUAUCCUCUGGCGGCGCCUGGAGCAGGUGAACCGUUCACCACCCCCAGUGUUGAGUGCUCUUGUGUUUUCGCCCGGCCCGGCUCACGCUCGCAGCCAUGGGCCCCGGCCCCCGCCGCGCGCCCCGCGACUCUGGCUGGAUGCUGGGCGCCCUGGCCUUGAUGGUGGCGGCUAGCGGCCGGGUCGCCUUCGCUUUCAACCUGGACACCCGAUUCCUGGUGGUGAAGGAGGCGGUGAACCCGGGUAGCCUUUUCGGCUACUCGGUCGCCCUCCAUCGGCAAACCGAGCGACAGCAGCGCUACCUGCUUCUGGCUGGUGCUCCCCGGGACCUCGCCGUGGCUGAUGGCUACACCAACCGGACUGGCGCCGUGUACCUGUGCCCCCUCACCGCCCUCAAGAACGACUGUGAGCGGAUGGACAUCUCAGAGAAAAGUGACCCCGACCAUCACAUUAUUGAGGACAUGUGGCUUGGGGUGACGGUGGCCAGCCAGGGCCCCGCAGGUAGAGUCCUGGUCUGCGCCCAUCGCUACACCCAGGUGCUAUGGUCUGGCACAGAAGACCAGCGGCGUAUGGUGGGCAAGUGUUAUGUGCGUGGCAAUGACUUACAGCUGGACCCCGGCGAUGACUGGCAGACCUACCACAACGAGAUGUGUAACAGCAACACCGACUACUUGCAGACCGGCAUGUGCCAGCUGGGCACCAGCGGUGGCUUCACCCAGAACACCGUGUAUUUCGGUGCCCCUGGUGCCUACAACUGGAAAGGAAACAGCUACAUGAUUCAGCGGAAGGACUGGGAUUUAUCUGAAUAUAGCUACAAAGGCUCCGAGGACCAAGGAAACCUCUAUAUUGGGUACACGGUGCAGGUAGGCAGCGCCAUCCUCCACCCCAAGGACAUCACUGUUGUGACAGGUGCCCCACGGCACCAACAUAUGGGCGCUGUCUUCUUGCUGAGCCAAGAGUCAGGUGGAGACCUGCGGAGGAGGCAGGUGCUGGAGGGCACGCAGGUGGGCGCUUAUUUUGGCAGCGCCAUUGCUCUGGCAGACCUGAACAAUGAUGGGUGGCAGGAUCUCCUGGUGGGCGCUCCCUACUACUUCGAACGGAAAGAGGAGGUAGGGGGUGCUGUCUAUGUCUUCAUGAACCAGGCGGGCACGUCCUUCCCGGAUCAACCUUCCCUCCUGCUUCACGGCCCCAGUCGCUCUGGCUUUGGCAUCUCAAUAGCCAGCAUUGGUGACAUCAACCAGGAUGGAUUCCAGGACAUUGCUGUGGGAGCCCCAUUUGAGGGCUUGGGCACGGUGUACAUCUACCACAGCAGCUCCGGGGGGCUCCUUAGGCAGCCCCAGCAGAUAAUCCACGGAGAGAAACUCGGACUGCCUGGCUUGUCCACCUUCGGCUACUCUCUGAGUGGGAAGAUGGAUGUGGAUGAAAACUUCUAUCCAGACCUGCUAGUGGGGAGCCUGUCGGACCACAUUGUGCUGCUAAGGGCUCGACCUGUCAUCAAUAUUCUUCAAAGGACCUUGGUGGCCAGGCCAGCAGUGUUGGACCCCUCGCUUUGUACAUCGACCUCCUGUGUUCAGGUGGAGCUGUGCUUUGCCUACAACCAGAGUGCUGGGAACCCCAACUACAGGCGGAACAUUACCCUGGCGUACACACUGGAGGCUGACCGGGACCGCCGGCCCCCCAGGCUCCGAUUUGCCAGCAGCCAGUCGGCUGUGUUUCAUGGUUUCUUCUCCAUGCCGGAGACGCAUUGCCAGACACUGGAAUUACUACUGAUGGACAAUGUCCGUGAUAAACUCCGUCCCAUCGUUAUUGCCAUGAAUUACUCCUUACCUUUGCGCAUGCCCGAUCGCCUGAAGCUGGGCAUGCGGUCUCUGGAUGCCUACCCAGUUCUUAACCAGGCACAGGCUCUGGAGAACCACACUGAGGUCCACUUCCAGAAGGAGUGCGGGCCCGACAACAAGUGCGACAGUAACCUGCAGAUGCGAGCAGCCUUCGUGUCUGAGCAGCUGCAGCCUCUAAGCAGGCUCCAGUACAGCAGAGACACCAAGAAACUGUUCUUGAGCAUCAAUGUGACCAAUAUGCCGAGCCACGAGCGUGCUGGGGAAGAUGCCCACGAGGCACUGCUCACCUUGGAGGUGCCACCUGCCCUGCUACUGUCCUCAGUGCGCCCAUCCGGGACCUGCCAAGCUAACGAGACCAUCCUGUGUGAGCUAGGAAACCCCUUCAAACGGAACCAGAGGAUGGAGCUGCUCAUUGCCUUUGAGGUCAUUGGGGUGACCCUGCACACAAGGGACCUUCAGGUGCAGCUGCAGCUCUCCACGUCAAGUCACCAGGACAACUUGCAGCCCAUGACCCUGACUUUGCAGGUGGACUACACGCUCCAGGCCUCACUCAACUUGAUGACACAUCGGCUACAGAGCUUCUUUGGUGGCACAGUGAUGGGUGAGGCUGGCAUGAAAACUGUGGAGGAUGUGGGCAGUCCCCUGAAAUACGAAUUCCAGGUGAGCCCAGUGGGAGACGGGCUGGCAGCUUUGGGCACACUGGUCCUAGGUCUGGAAUGGCCCUAUGAAGUCGCCAAUGGCAAGUGGCUGCUGUACCCCACGGAGAUCACCAUCCAUAGUAAUGGGUCCUGGCCCUGCCAGCCACCUGGAAGCCUCGUCAACCCUCUCAACCUUACUCUCUCUGACCCCGGAGACAAGCCACAUUCUCCACAGCGCAGGCGGAGACAGCUGGAUCCCGGGGGAGAACAGGGCCCCCCACCUGUCACACUGGCUGCUGCCAAAAAAGCCAAAUCUGAGACUCUGUUGACCUGUGCCAGUGGCCGUGCCCGCUGUGUGUGGCUGGAGUGCCCCCUUCCUGAUGCCUCCAACAUCACCAACGUGACUGUGAAGGCACGGGUGUGGAACAGCACCUUCAUCGAGGACUACAGAGACUUUGACAGAGUCAGGGUAGAUGGCUGGGCCACUUUGUUCCUACGAACCAGCAUCCCUACCAUCAACAUGGAGAACAAGACCACAUGGUUCUCAGUGGACAUUGACUCAGAGCUGGUGGAGGAGCUGCCUGCUGAGAUUGAGCUGUGGCUGGUCCUUGUGGCUGUCAGUGCCGGGCUGCUGCUUCUAGGGCUCAUCAUCAUCCUUCUGUGGAAGUGCGGCUUCUUCAAGCGAGCCCGCACUCGUGCCCUGUAUGAAGCUAAGAGGCAGAAGGCUGAGAUGAAGAGCCAGCCGUCAGAGACAGAAAGGCUGACCGACGACUACUGAGGGGGCGCCCCCCUUGCCCCAGCCCACCUGGUGUGACUUCUUUAAGCCGACCCGAUACUACCGGAUCAUGCCCAAGUACCAUGCAGUGCGUAUUCGGGAGGAGGAGCGCUACCCGCCUCCAGGGAGCACCCUACCCACCAAGAAGCACUGGGUCACCAGCUGGCAGAUUCGGGACCGAUACUACUGAUAUCCUCCCUGCCACCACUCCCAAUUCUUCCUUUCUUCCUAUUUAUCAUAAAUUAUGACUCUGACAGUCCAAAAGGGGCCACACAGUUGGCUGGCACCAGUAGGCUCAGGCAUAUAUCCCUCUUUAGUGCAGGAAUGUUUUCUGGGGCCCUAGACUCUCCUUCAAGACCUUGUGAUGCUGAGCACAGCACAGCCCUGGACACUGGACACACAGGGCCUUCUGCUAAGGGCCUGUUCAGAUAUACCAUGGAGGAUGCCACGACCAAGCCUCUUUCUGUGCCAAAACCAAGCCAAAGCACCUCUACUGGGAGCCAGGAGGAAAAGGUCCCUGGUGUGGUGAUAUCUCUCUUCCACACCAUAUACCCCUUGAGCCAUUGUCCCUGGACUGACUUUUCUGUCCAGAAUAAAACUACUGACGACAAGGAUACAUUUGGGCCCAGCUGCAGUUCCUGGCACCCACUGGAGAGUAGGGGAUGUUUCUGUGACUUGUGUGCUCAGACCAAGAGCAAUGAACUAAAAAAGCAGGUCCCCAGAAUGGGCUUUAUGAAUGGAUCUCCAAAACCUUGGCUACAGAUGGAGUUGGCAAGAAACGCAGCCCAGAGGAACAAAGCAAAACCAUGGACAACCUGGACACACUGUGCUGGGGCUGACCUGGAGCAGGGUAGCAUCCUUCAGAGAGCAGGGGAUCAAUCCUGGCCCAGCAGAUACUGGCAGGAUGCAGGGGGGAUACUUCUGACCCAUCCUUGGCCAUCUCAGCCUGAGCAAGGCCUGGAGACCCCACAAGACCAUGUGGGGUGUGAUACUUGAAUGUAUGGCGGGGGAGAGGCCAACCCCUGCCUCAGCUGGCCGGACUUCACUCCGCCCCCUUGACCACAGAGAUGGCAUUCUGAGCUAGCUGUCCAUGGCUUUCUGAGAAACCUCGCCUUCCCCCUCCCCUAGGAGCUGCAUCCCCAUUCUAGCAGUGGAGGCUGAUUCCCAGGUCCGCUCCCUGAGCCCCGCCCACAGGCAGGCCCACUCCCCAGCUCUGCCCCUCCAAGGUACUAUAGCAGCUUCCCCUACCCUGUACCUUCUUUGUAUAUGGGCUUCUCACUAAAAUAAAUAAACAACUCCAAGUUUGUA